GGGACCUCACACGUCAUUUCUUUGACAGAAGGGACCCUAAAAUGGUAAACAUUCACCUCAGUUGAGUAAUCUCUAUGAAUAUAAUCGUUGAUUAAUAAGAUGGAUAACGUGUAGUAUCCACAAGAACUAUGAACAAGAAUGGCAGGCGUUGCAGUAACGAAAGUAGUUCAUCGAUGUGAUGAAGCGAAGGAAAAUAAACGUUUAGAUCUUUCAGGAUGUCAACUGACUCAGGUACCAGAUGCAAUUUAUUUAUUGAUGAAAAAUACAAGGGUAGAAGUUUGUGAUCUCUCAGGAAAUCUUAUAAGGCGAAUACCAUCAAAACUUCCUACUAAAUUUCCUUAUAUAACAGAAUUAAACUUGGGAUGCAACAGAUUAAGUUCACUGCCAGAUGAGUUGAAGGAAAUGAAGGAUUUGAAGAGAUUAGAUAUAUCAACAAACAGUUUUACCAGUCUUCCUGAUAUAAUUUAUGGCUAUUCUAAACUUCAACAUUUAAAUAUGGAGAAAAAUGAAGUCAAAGAAUUUGAUGUCAACAACUUAAAAUCAAUGUUAUCAUUAGUGGAGGUGAAUUUUCAAGAUAACCCACUCACAGAUGAUGUUUAUAAUCAAUUAUUGGAAAUCAGAAUGUUCAAUGUUCUUAUAACACCACGAGACAGGGAGUUAGAUUCGGUUGACUGAAGAAAGUGAAGCUGUUCAAUUGAGUUAAUACAUAUAUUAUGCAAUGGAGACUUAAUGAAACUUAGAUAGUUAGGGUUGCAUGCACUGAUUUAGUUAGCUGACAUUGUACAUCAUUUAUUAGCCCACCAGACUUACGUUUUCUCUUCCAUCUGUUGUCCCAUGUAAAAACAUUGUCAUUUUUAAUAUCUCCUAAGACAUUUACCGGUAAUGGAUUUCAAAGAAAUUUGGUAGGUAUGAUGUCAUAAUAGUAUUUAUUUGGAUUUACCCCCAUAGAUGCUGGCCAGGGGUACCCUUGAGGGUCAGAUUUAGAUAAUCUUAGGUCUUCUUCAGAAUGGAUUCCUUUCAAAUUUGGUAGGAAUCAUCCUAGAAUGAUAAAGCUAAACGUUUUUUAAAUUGAAACAGCUGAACUUCAUAGGGGCAGAGUAGUACAGGGGCACCAUAGAGGGGCAAAUUUAAACAUGUUUGAUUUUUCUCUGAAAGUGCUUGAAAGAUUUGAUAAAAUUUGAUGUUGUUCAGGAUCUGGUUAUUCAGAUUUGUUCAAAAAUAGUUGCUAGACCCCCAAACUGGUUUGGCAGGGGCACCUUUGUUGGAUAAAUUUAUGUAUUCUCCACUUCUUCUCCUAAACUGCUUGAUGGAUUUCAACAAAAUUUGGUAGGUAAUUUAACUGGAUGGUGGUGGUGCAGAUGUGUUCAAAUAGUUACUUGGCCCCAAAGAGGUAAAUUUUAGACAAUUUUUUUUUACUUAUAACAAUAUGAUUUUCACUUUGUUGUGACUAUUUAUGGUUUUUAAAAAUGUUUGAUAUUAUCUCAUUGCUUUAAUCAAGAAAAUAACAAUAAUUAAAAGACCUUAUGUUGUAGAUGUUCAUAUUCUCACUUAAAUCAUGUACGGAUAGUCAUGUAUAAAUAUCUUUAUAAGAUUUUAAGCAAGAAUAAGGAGUUGCUUGUACUCAUAAAUGACUAGCUUCAAGUGGCUUACCAUUUUUACAAAACCAAAAGUUAUCUCCACAUUACAAUUAAAUGAUUUUUAAAACAAAGAAUUUAUUUCAUACUCUGCAUUUUAACUUUUUAACUUUUCCUUUACACUGUCAAAUGUAUGAUAAAGCAAAAUUCAAAUUUACAAAGCAUUAUUCUUUUUUCCCAUUUAGUGCAUUUCAUAAAACUUUCCUAUGUUUGAGUUCAGGAAGGGCUGUAAAGAUGAGAAUAUGGUAAAUUGGUUAAUGUACAUGUGUGUUGAAGUAAAUAUUAAUUGUAUCCAACUCUUGUCUGAUAUUACCACUGUCUGGCUUUUUGUGAAAUGUAACAGUAGUUGAAAUAUCAGAAGUACACCUGUAUGUGUAUCAUACCUCUGUGUAUUACACUUGUAUGUGUAUUACAUGUAUGUAUAUUAUAUGAUUUUUAUAGUAUGUGUGUGAAAUUGUUUAAAUUAUUUUAGUUAAUUGAUAAUGAAAAAAAAAAAAAAAAGAUCUAUUUUAUGGAAAAGAUAUUAUGGUUUAGUAUUGCAUAUAUUAUGCUUUACUGGAUCUGAUAUGGUUGUAUUAAGCAUAUUUAAUAUUGUAAAACUUAUGAGAUGUCUAUAUUAUGCUCACUAGUUCUUUAAAUGUGUGACAUAAUUAUUAUAACUGAUUCGUAAUUGAAAUUAUAGUUUUAUUUAGACAAUUUCUAGAGAAUAUUUGUGGAAACAAUAUAUAAUAUUGUAUAUAUUAUGCCUGAAUCAAAAAUUGCUGUGCUUGAUCUUAUUGUUCAUGCUAUAACUGUUUUAUUAUGUAUGCUAUGAAUUUAUAUAGGAAAUAAUGUAAUCUUAAUAUUAUAAUCAGGUCACAAUGAAUAAUUUUUCUGUUACGGUAUAGAUUGAAUAAUGAUUUUGUUGUAUAUUGGAAACUAAAUGUGACUUGCAUGUACAUGGAUGCCUUUACUGUAUUGUUUGAAGAUCGGGAUUUCUUUACUGUAGUGUUGAAUUUAAGAUGAAUUAGCUUUUAAAAUAAAGAGCAUUAGUCUUGGAAUCUGAAAAGGUAAAGUUUUUCAGGGAAAGUAAGUCCACUUAGCCAGUUACAUUGCGGCACUUUUACUACUAGGAAUUUGGGUACAGAUGUGACGUCAUCCGUUGAUGUUCCAUUAUUUCAAAUGGUUAACAGAGAUUAUUUUUAUAGUCACGGGCUUGUUCAUUUGACAUAUUAAAAAUAUUUUGUAUUGAAUUGAUUAUUUUACAUGAGCACAAAACUAGUAUACAUAUAUACGUACACAAAUAAUAAAGUAAUGCUCCCAAUGUUUGCUUUAUUACCGUAUUUAUUACUCAAGUUCUUAGAUUUUUUUAAGAUUUGGUUCAGGAGAGUUUUUUAUUUACUAUACAUCAAUGUGUUUAUAUUGUUUGUAUAUUUAAUUUUAUUUGUAAAAUAAAUUGUACAUUUAUAAUCAGAUGAUUUGAGUUUCUUUAUGACAGGUCCAGUAUCUGCCACCCCAAAAUGGGUAUGCCACUUGUAGAAGUGAGAGAUGAAGUUGCUUGACUAAAUCUACUCUUAAUAUGAAAUUCUGGUCACACCUCAUAGGAAAGAAGAUCUGCUUGCUAUUCUCAUUGAUCUCAGUAUAGUCAAAGAAGAUAUUUUAUCAGGCCCACUGAAGGGUGGGGGGAUACCAGGGCACUUCCUGAGCAGGCUG